UCAUUUACUGUUAUUACGGGAUUUUUGGUCAAAAUGCGAUAAUAUUUAUGAAUCUGUGUGCUGUUAUCACGGUCGCUAAAGUAUGAUGGUCAUUUGCUGUUCAAGAAUUUUGGAGUUUAUGGGAUAAUAUUAUAUCCGUUUCCAUGGUAAUACUGUUAAGGGAGGAGUACUAUCUUCAUGUACUGCAACGCAGAAAAAUUGUAAUCUCGAUAUAAAGCCACAUUGGAGAUAGGAGUACAAGAUAUCGUAUUAUAUUCUUGAAUUGAGCAGAGAUAAGUAAUUUGGCCUAUACUAUUUUUAUAUUACUAAUCUGUAAGCAUUUCUUGUAGCUCUAAUCCAGGCUACGCGUUUCGAAUGCUGUGCUGUGACUUCUUUCAUUUAGCCACCCUAUAGUACCCGACAGACAAAGGACCAGUUCCCAAUAGGGAACAGCAGUGUACCCCAUCUUACCUGUAUCGGUACCAGGAGAUACUUUCCCUUAGGUACACGCAACCUGCACAACUAGUGAAGAGAUUUUGAGCUUCACAAGGGUUUAACCUCACCAGGAUCAUGUUUACGCACAUUCACUGGGCAGAAACACAAAGUUAAAUGGGCGUCCUCUCGUAAAGAACAUACUUCAGACUCCCCCAUCAAUGGAUGACAGGGAAGGCAUGUAUUCUCAAAAAAUUUCGAUCUGUCCAAUGCUUCACGUCACCAAUUUUUUUUGUCGUUCACUGGUAAUCAAUUAAAAGUGACCCGGACAAGUGACAAUCAUUAUCGUCACUGAAUCAUCUUAAAACUUUGCAUACCGUGUAGUGUAUUAUAAACAGCAACUACAAGAUUUCUAUUAUCAUAAAUAAACUCUCCCACAACAGAAAAUACUACGAGAUUUGGAACAACAAGCGUCUCCACAGUCACAUCUGUUAUCACCAGUAACGGAAGAGACCAUCUGGGAGACCAAAACGGAGAUUGAAGGAUAAUAUUAAAAAGGAUCCUAAAGUGUCAGGGUAUGAUGUUGCAGACUAGCUUCAUCUGACUCUGGGCAUUCGCAAGAAUCUUGCUAAAAUAUGUUUGGAAUCUGACAGAGAGAUGGAAGCCAUAUUCAAUCUGGUUGAAUCGCAUGCAGUUUCACUUCGCACAAGAACACAUUUAAGAUAUGACCAAGCUAGGUUCAGUGAAGAGGAGUCCAAGCUUGGUUUAAAUGGGCUAUUGGUAAGGCAUGGAGGUGUAAAUGAGCAUAAAGGAGUUCCUGCUAUGUUAGAAAGGCUGUAUGAGCUACCUGAAGAGUGGACUCUGGUGCAGCUGACAUUUGCACAUGACCCAGCAUCACGAUUUACAUCUCACACACACCCAUUUAAGCAUCCGACUCCUCCUGAACUACACAUCACAAGAUUUGAAUGUGGUAAACAUGCAAGAAAGCAUCCUCCAUAUUGCAUUACAAUACCCAUCAAGCAGAAAUUCAGGACUCUGAAGGCAGAGUUACGAACUAUCAUUGAUGAUCACCAGAACCGCCUCAAGUGGGGCCUUCUGACGAAUGAGCAGUAUUACAGGUUUAAAGGAACUUUGGAUAUGAGGAUGAAGAACGUGGUAACAAGGCUACAGAAUGACUGGCUAGGGCACUGGAUUAGUCUUCUGGUUGCUCACUACACUGAGCCUGAAAACGAGGACCAAGUUGCAUCAUUUGUUGACCAGUUGCUGGAUGAAUAUGUGCAGAAUGAAGAUACCUCACUACAAAAAGAGCAACAUUCUGUGACAACCUGGUCCAGAAGAAACAUGUAUCUUCUUGCAAAGGCAUCAGCCUUCCUGCCAGAAUGGGAACUGCGAAAGGGCGUGGCAGACUGUUUGAAGAUACCUGUUGCAGCAACCAAGAACCUAACACAGCAGCUCAGUAAACUUCCUGAUGCAGUGAGACUCCGGACUACAAGGAGGCACCCAGUCAUUCUCCUUCUGGAUGAGGAACUAGAACUGUUUCCGUGGGAAAUGCUGACUGUCAUUCAAGAUCAUCCCGUGUGCAGAGUACCAAAUUUACACAUACUGUAUGCCCUUUACAAAGCCCAUGAAGAUAAUAUCUCAGGGGGAAGACUCCAAGUUGAUGCAGAAUUCGGAUACUACAUUGUGAAUCCUGAGCAGAACUUGCCUCGAAAUGAGAGACGCCUUCGUCCAUUCCUUACUUCACGAGCUCCUAGUUGGAAGGGUACAUUUGGUGUUUUGCCAUCUUCUGAACAGUUCAGAGAUGUGCUUCAGAACUACAGCAUAUUCAUCUAUGCUGGACAUGGAUCAGGCUCACAGUUCCUGCAGGGGGAUGAAAUUCAAAAGGUGAAAGUUCAAGCUGUGACCUUCCUCUUUGGGUGUUCAAGUGUCACGAGCAAGGACCUGGGUGGACAAGUAGAGCCUGCUGGAAUGUGGCAUUUCUAUCAUAUUGCAAGUUGUCCCAUGGUGAUUGGCAACCUGUGGGCUGUGACAGAUGCUGCAUCAGAUGCCAUAACAGUACAUACACUACACACCUGGCUGCCAAGAACACUGGAGAUGGUAGCAGAUGAAGAGCAGGAGAGAGUGCCACCGAAACCAAAUGACAUAAGAGACCCAGACGCUCCAGAAUUAUGGUAUCCAUAUGGUUAUAAAUGGAAGCAAGAACCCGACUUGCUGUAUGCCAUCCACCGUGGGCAUGCUUCUAAUAAACACUACAUGGCAUCAGCUGCUCUGGUUGCUAGGGGACUUCCAGUUGUCAUCAAGGGCAAAGUUGACAAGAGCAUGACAGUACAGCAUCAAGAACAGGAGAGCCUAAUUAAUUUGAAAUAAUUCUUUCCACAAUAUGUUUUAUUUCUACUAAGUUUAAAAAACUGCAAUAUACAUCAAAUUUGUUUAAGAACAUGGCAAUAAAAAGUACCACACUGUAUUAGUAAAUAUAUGAGACUAGUUGGCACAUUU